ACAAAGACUGCAAACAUAUUCUACAAUAGUUUGCAUAUUCCUCGUUUAUCUGGUGAGUUAACACCUUUAGCUCCAAUAACGAUCAUUACUUAUGUGUUUGACUCCGAGUUUCUAUGAUAAGACACGUGUGAAUCGAUAUGAAGAGGAUCUUCUGAAGCAUUCCUGUUGCCAUGUGAUUCAGCUGUCAGGAGUACAGAGUGUGGUCCUUGGUCCCGUGUACAGCACCGUGUAGCCACUACACUAGUUCUAGCCACCCAGUCUCAGCUGACGCCACGGAGCAAACAGUCUGUCUUCAUUUUGAAACUUGAGAGACAAUUGAAAGAUCUGCCUACUGCAGAGUGUGACCAGUGCUGAAACGAGCUGCCCCGACUGAGGGUAACAGAAUCAUGAACACCAAGAGGAAGGAGGAGAACGUGCCACGCACAAUGGGCAAGUCUCACACCAAGAGGCCCGACCCGUCCCGCUCAGAACUCGAGAGAGACUCCGGAUUCUCAGAUACGAGCUCGGAGCAUUUCAGCGUGAUGGACCAGGUGUCCGAGUCAGACGACGGUUCUCGGAAAGGGGGUGCGGAGAAGGUGGCCUCUCGGCCGUCCUCUCAGCCCUCACAGCUGGCUGUGGUCGGGGGCUUCUCCCCGAACCUGUCCCCCAUGAUCAUCAUGAACAACGUGCUCCUGAAGCAGCCUGGAGAUAAUCCUCCCGCCCUUAAGCCGUGGAGCUUCAGCCCGGCGGUGGAGAUGGUGCAGCCGCCGCAGGUGGUCUUCCUGCAGCCGGUGGUCUCGGCCCGCCCCACCUCCGUGCCCUCCGAGCCCUCCUCCAAGCGCCGGCGCCACAAGAAGUAUCUCCCCAUCCUCAAGUCCUACCCGAAGAUCGCCCCCCACCCCGGGGACAGCCCCAGCCGCAGUAGCAGCAGCAGCAGCUGCAGCACGAGCUCUUCCUCUUCCUCUUCCUCGUCCUCUUCCUCUUCCUCUUGCUACAGCUCUGCCGCGUCCUCGAUGAAGAGCUGCAGUUUGACCUUCAGCCGUCACGAGCGCCAUCGCCGAGACCGAAAGGGCAGCAGCGUGUCGGGCUACUCCACGCCCAGCUCUCUGCCCAGCUCCCUGCCCGCGUCGCCGCUCCCCCACACCGUCCUCACGGACUCCUCCGCCCCCGCCACCCCCGCUCACGCCUCCACCCCAGAGCGCCCCGCUCACCUCUCCAGGUCCGUGUCGGUCCCGGCGGCCAACCGCAAACCGACAGACUCUAAGACCUUGGAGAUCUCCCGCCUGCAGACUCCCACGGAGAGCGGCAGCAUCAGUAGCUGCAGCAGUAUCCGUAGCAACCACAGCCGCCCCAGCAGCCCCGGCGCCGACGGCAACAGCGACGGCAACAGCGACGGCAACAGCGACGGCAACAGCGACGGCAACAGCGACGGCGUGGACGUGGAGGCGGACGGCCUCUCGGACGGCUGCAGCAAGCGCAAGCGCUUCUGCAACACCUACAACAUCCUGAGCAAGUCGGGCCUGCUGGACAUCACGCUGCGCACCAAGGAGCUGAUCCGGCAGAACCGGCGCGCGCAGGGCGACCUGGACCGGCUCCGCGAGCACACCGGCCUCUUCAUGGAGGUGCUGCGGAGCGGAGACCCCGCCGUCUACCACCGGCUGCAGAGCAGCAUGCUGGAGGAGGACCACCGGGAGAAGAGCGCCGCGUAGACCACCGGACCGCGUAGAUAAGGGAGUGGCCGGCGCUUGUGCCUGGACCGUCCAGUGACGUCCAGUGACUGUCUAAAACAAUUCAACUUGACUCAGCAACCGCCCCACCCCGGGAACGGACCGCGUAGAUAAGGGAGCGGCCGGCGCUUAUGCCUGGACCGUCCAGUGACGUCCAGUGACUGUCUAAAACAAUUCGACUUGACUCAGCAAGUGAGCGGGCAGAUGGUGGUGAAUCUGCCUGGACACAUGGUGUCCAGUGACCGUCUAAAACAAAACAACAACAAUUCAACUUGACUUAGCAAGUGAGCGGGCAGAUGGUGGUGAAUCUGCCUGGACACAUGGUGUCCAGUGACCGUCUAAAACAAAACAAUAACAAUUCAACUUGACUUAGCAAGUGGGCGGGCAGCUUCCUGCCUGGUGUUUAUACUGGUGUCCAGUAGUACGGAUCAAGAGGUCCAAAUGUAAAAAAAAAGGGAUGGUGGCUUUACCACCAAAUGCUAAAAUGUUUGCUAAUCAGAGCGUUUUGUUUUUUUGUUGUUUUCUAUUUUUUAAGAUUGUAACAGGCGAGUGUUGUCUAUAGGGAGCCUUAAGAUGGGUGUCCCCUCAGCCAACAACCAAGCACAACAGGCUGAGUGAACGCUGUGCUGGGGACUGCCUCGGCUAAAGGGAAAUGGCCUCAGCUAGCAUAGCACUGCAUUAACGAGCACACACUCACACACAAGGAAUUCUUGAGACACACAGCAUGUUGCAGCCUUAAUUCCUAUUUAAGGACCUAUUUAGUCAGCCCCUUGUCCUUCCCAGACAUGGUUGGAAUCGGCCGUUGGCACGGUGGCUACACAUCUCAGCUCCUUACUCUAAAGAUCAUGGCCUUUUUUUUUUAUUUUAAAAAAAGAAUUUUUUUUCUCCUGUGAGACAUAAAGGCAUGUAGACGUGUUUUGGGGCGAGGAGAAUUAGACGCGUUCGCUUGAUGAAUGAGACUCUGUGGGUCGGAACACUGCGGAGGUGGCAAGGGACUGGGCCAGCAGUGGGCCUCAAACCAGCACUCGUCUGUUGUGAAGUGCUCUGGGUCAGUAUGGGCGUCUGUACAUAUGGGCCAAGUGUGUAUCCGAUGGCGGGUACACUUCACUGCUAUGGCUUCUGUACAUAUGGGCCAAGUGUGUAUCCGAUGGCGGGUACACUUCACUGCUAUGAAUCUGCCCGCGCUUCCCUUUGGCCACUCUUAGGAACUCUUGGUAGAUGCUUCGCUUGUAAUAUUUUGCUCGUAGGGACUAUGGAGAGUAUAUGCACAGGGUGUUACCCCUCCCCCCCUCCACCCCACCCCACCCCACACGUGCUGGAAUUACAUUAUGGUAAUGUAGCAGGUGAUCUGUUCAAGAUGAACAGUUUUUGUAAUUUGAUAUUCAUCUAUCAUCCAUUUUAUAUAUGUCAAAUUCUCAUGACCAGACAAAGCAUCCUGGUUUUAUAUAUAUACAUAUAUACAUGUAUAUAUAAACCAGGAUGCUUUGUCUUUUGACUUUUGCAUCCCGAGAAGCCUCUUGCAGCUGAAGCAUUAUCUAUCUAGCAGCUAGAUCAUAGAUAUGAUUGCAGAUGCAGCGAUAUCUAAAUCAUAGAUUUGAUUGAUUGAUUGAUUGAUUGAUUGAUUGAUUGACCAUAUCACCACAGCACCCUCUAGAAGGAUGUGAGGACAUAUUGGAGACAUAUUUGUUUGUCAAACAAACAAACAAAAAAGAUGGCAAUUUCCUCUUCAGUUUCAGAAAAGAAAUCUGACUGGAAUUGAAUGUGCAUCAAAUGAUCAUGUAGGUACAUUUACCAAAUAACGAAAAGGAUUUGAAAACCGUACCCCUGUAGCAAAAGCUCUUCAAAGAUGAAUCUCUCCUCACAGUGUACAGAUUCUUAAAACACAUUAUCUCCACUUCCUUGACUGAAAAGACUUGUAGAGCCAUAAGCACGGUAUGGUGUUAUGACAUGUAGGAAAUUAGAAGCUUCAUACAGCCUAGGUGGCAUCCUUUCAUAUUAUUUGAUCUGUUUGUAUAGCUUUUUUUUUACACUGAAGCUGAAGUGCUGCUAGCACCACGGUGCUAGCCUUAUGCAUUUGACACUGUGCAUAUUUUUACUGUGUGAGGUUAAAACAUUGCUGUUUGGUGACGAACCAAAUGGGCAGAAAGGGAGGUUGGUUCAAAGCGGUCCUCAGACUGGGCACCAGUGCAUUAGCUUUGUGUGUGCCAACGUCGGCCAUUUGCUUUUAACCGCUUGUGCGGAAGCACUGUGUGUUUGUGAAGCCCGCGCUGGUGAUGUGCUCAGUCCUGUUUGUUUUCAUUCAGUCCAGCGAGUUGUGCUGAUGAGGUUCUGUUCGUGCGGACGCCUUCGUGGGGCAGACGCUGGGGUUAGUCACAUUCUAAACUCUGUGAUGAGCUCACUUACUAAAUGUGUUCCGAACCAUGGACCCAAACUGUGGAGAUUUGUUUAAUUUUGCCGGUUAGUUAGCUCCCCCCACAACCGAUACAACUCUGUUCAGUCAUGAGUUUUUAUUUAUCUGUAUUGUUUCUGUUCUUUUCUGGCUGAGAGGGUUAGUUUGUCUGUGUAUUGCAGCAUGUAGCUAUGAUCUAAUUGGAUUGUAAUAUCACUAAGGAUGACUUCUCUUGGGCAAAUAGAUCUUGUAGACGACUGCAGGCUUCAUCAGUAGAGAAAGGCCCAUAACCAAAGUGCUGACGCCUAAUGCGGUUCACCUAAGAGUGGAGGUCUGAGGAUUACAUGUGCUGUGCAUUCAUAUAACAUUAUAUAUCUGCCUUAUUUAAGUAUCAUCAGUGUAUAUAGUUUUUUUCAUUUUGGGGUCUUAAGAGCUUGUAUCAUAGUCAGCACUGGUAAACAGUUUGACUUGUGUGGUACUUCAACAUUUCAAGGCAGCUAAGUUACUUUCUUCUCUAAAAAGGCAAAUUCUCAAGUAGCGCCUCUGUAAACCUUCCUUCCUGUCAGGCUGUUCCGUGCGCUCCAGAGCCUGUUGGACCCAGGAGAUCAGCGGCUCAGCCCAGCCCAGCUCAGCAGCACAGGAGUGCAUAGCUCUGUCUGCCUUGCUCUUCUGUGGAGUCACGCACAGAGGCAAUUUCGCUGAUGUUGGCCAUAGACUUUCUGAUGAAAUAGCUUAGGUCUCUGGAGCAGGAGCAUGGGCAGAAACAUGGCAAUCCUCCUCCAUUGGCAAAUGAGUGCAUAGCAUAGCGACCUUUGACAUCUCCCACUUUACUGAAGCGGUGGGGAACGUGCUUUGGUGUUUUCUGUGGAAUAGUAUUGAAAUCGCCUCCUUGGUAGUAUUUACACAAAACGUAACAUUGAUCACAGGAUAAUGUCAUGCACUAUUUUAUAUUUAAAAAGAUGAUGGCUAGGUAACGAGGAUGAGGCUUGCUGACUUUGACUUUAUGUACAUUAAUCAAAAAUGAUGGAUACAUUUUUAUUUAUCAAAGACAAAUCUGCAUUCUGUGGCACUGGCAAGAUUCUGUGGUCAGUGUUAAUAAAAGACAUGCUGAAUCUGAACAUCCCAUUAUAUACUUUCUGUGAAGUUUGAUAAGGCUGCAGAAAUAUUGACAUUGUCUCCGUCAUAACACAAGUGUAUGUUUGUCCUUUUUUGUACUGGAUUGGAACCGAAACAUCUUAAUUUGGCAGCUUUUCAUGCAUAUUCCCAGCCUGUGUGUCUUAGGACUUUAUAUGUGAAUUUGUUGUAUAGUAAUUUUCUUAUGUACAGUUUUUGUGAAGCAUUGUUUAAGCAUUGUGAGAAGUUUUUUUGUAGGUCUGGCUAUUGGAACAAUCAUAUUUAUGAAAAUCAAUAAGUGAACUAUUUUGUUGGUUUGAGAAAGGGGGGAGUUGGGAUGGGAUGCUUGCAAUCGGAAAAUGGACAUCAGAAACCAACUGAAAAUUCAUAAAUCAAAAAUAAAAUCUGUACCAAU